AAAAAGUAAAUUGAAGUCACUACGUGCAUCACUACCUCUCAGAGUCCAAAUCAUUUAGGUAGAAAGCAGUGUUAUUAUAUUUUUGGUCGCAAAAAUGGUAUCUCCCAACGUUCAGUUUUCAAUAUUGGAUUACUCUUCCUUUAUCAUCGUUUUUAUAGUGUCCAUAAGUAUCGGUUUGUACCAAGCUGGGAGAAAUAAAAACCAUUCAAUUGAAGAAUAUCUGUUUGGUGGAAAGAACUUAAAGUUACUACCAGUUUCGCUAUCUCUGGCUGCAACUACAAUUUCUGGUUCAACAAUUGUUGGACAAAGUAUUGAAGUGUACGCCUACGGUUUGCACAAUUGGAUGCUUUUAGCUACUGUACUGCCGUGGAUGCUGGUCAUUCAGUAUAUCUUUCUGCCUGUGUUCUACGAUCUCCAACUCAUGUCUAGUUUCACGUAUUUUGAAAUGCGAUUUGAUAGGAGUGUUAAGCAUCUGGCGAGUGCCCUAUACGUAAUCACGGGAAUGUUCCUCAUUCCCUUGACCAUCUACGUACCCUCACUAGUCUUCCAAGAAGUAACUGGGAUCAAUCUCUACGUCAUCACUGUAAUAAUGGGCCUCCUCUGUAUCUGGUACACAGCACUCGGAGGUAUUAAAGCAGUUGUCUGGACAGAUGCAUUUCAAUGCAUUCUUAUCUUCGUAUCCGGAAUCACAAUUAUGAUCGUCGGACUGAGAAGUGUAGGUGGAUUUGAGAAUAUCUGGAAUGCUCUCGAUCGUGGCCAAAGACUUACAUUCUUUAAAACUGAAUUUGAUGUCGAAGAAAGAGGCACUAUGUGGUCUUACUUGUUCAGCAUCUUCUUCGUCUACGUCUACCAGUUCGGCAUCAAUCAAAGCUGCAUCCAACGAUAUUUGUCUUUGUCAAGUUUCAAAAAAGCCACUACGUCUGUGUGGAUCUACGGCAUCUUUUGUGCCAUUGUGAUGUUUAUCGAAAUUGUCAUUGGAGGAAUUAUAUUCACAACCUAUGAACAAUGUGAUCCUGUAUCCGCGGGCCUUGUUAAGAAAUUUGAUCAGAUCUUUCCUCAUUUCGUCCAGGAGAAGGCUUCACUCUUUCCUGGUUUCAAUGGGAUCUUCAUUGCUGGAAUCUUUGCUGCUGGUCUAUCGACAACUUCUACCCUCUUGAACACCCUUAGCGGUACGAUCUACAACGAUUUCCUCAUCAAAAAACUCAAGAGAAAGGAAAAUGCUUUCAAGAUCAUUAUGAGAGGGAUCGUGGCAGUUGUAGGUAUCAUCGGAAUAUGUUUGGUGUUCGUAAUUGAGCAAAUGGGCACAGUUUUUGCUAUAACACUUCAGUGUCUCACGCUGUCGACUGUAGGAGUCUUUGGACUCUUCGUGAGUGGUAUGAUCUUCCCAAAAAUCAACAGUAAGGGUGCGAAAUGCGGAGUUGUCCUAUCAAUGGUCGCUGUUGGUGUUCUUAUCAUUGGCGGACUGAACAAAACACCAGAUCCACCACUACAACUCCGCAUUGAUGGUUGUGACUUCCUAAAUAGUACACAGUAUCAUCAAAACUCUUCCCAAAAUCAUAAUUUCUUGAACAGAAAUGCAACAAAUACUGAUUAUGAAGAUCUUCCAUGGAUCUUUAAGAUAAAUUUUCAAUAUUAUUCUUUAAUUGGGUUAUUAAUCAACAUUUCUGUUGCUCAAGUUGUUAGUUUCUUAAGUGGCGGAAAUAUUGUAGAAGAUCAAAGGCUUCUAGUUACAUUUUUAAGGAGGAACACUCCUCAAGAACCUUUAAUAUGAAAAAAAGAAGGAUCUGCUUUGUUGUAUUUUUUUGUUAACAAAACGAAGAAUAUUUAUAAUAUAAUUUAUUGUCACAUAUUUAUUUUAAAUAACAAUAACUCAGAUGUUCUUAGGAAUCUUGGGAAAUGUUGUGACGUGAAAAGACAAAGAGUUGUAUACACCGGAAGUGUUUAAAAUCAAACGAUAGUUCAAGAACGAAAAAGCUAUUUUUCGAGAUCACGAAAAUUAACCAAGAAUUGAUAGUCUCUAGAUAAUGUAUAAAAUUGUGACAUAUAUUCCAUUUCACAAGACAUUGAGACGUGAGUAAAGCUAUAAAAUUCUGUUUUACACCUAAAGUGAAAAUCAUUAAAUAUAAGCAAUUUUCCUGCAUUUGUCUAUUUUAUAAUGUAGUCACUUACAGUUACAACUAUACCAACUGAACAAGCAAAGUAAAACCACAACAUGUGGCUUCUGCUGUAUGAUCUAGAUAUUAUCAGUCUGUCUUUAGAGUUCAAAUCAUUAACUGUUAGUGGCAGUAUUCUUGAAUGAGCAAGAAUCAUCAAAAUGGUAUCUCCAAAUGUUCAAUUUUCAAUAUUGGAUUACUUUUUCUUCGUAACCGUUUUUGUUGUGUCCAUGAGUAUCGGUGUGUACCAAGCUACUAAAAACAAACAUCAUUCAAUUGAAGAGUAUCUGUUUGGUGGAAAGAAUCUUAAGUUGCUGCCAGUGGCACUGUCUUUAGCGGCCACUGCUAUUUCUGGUUCAACAAUUGUUGGACAAAGUACUGAAGUGUACGCAUAUGGUUUGCACAAUUGGAUGGUAAUACCCAUGGAGUUACCAAAAGUAUUGGCCACCAUGUAUAUUUUUCUACCCGUUUUUUACGAUCUCCAACUCGUGUCCAGUUUUACGUAUUUUGAAUUGCGGUUUGAUAGGAGUGUUAAGCAUCUGGCGAGUGCCCUAUACGUAAUCACGGGAAUGUUCCUCAUUCCCUUGACCAUCUACGUACCCUCACUAGUCUUCCAAGAAGUAACUGGGAUCAAUCUCUACGUCAUCACUGUAAUAAUGGGCCUCCUCUGUAUCUGGUACACAGCACUCGGAGGUAUUAAAGCAGUUGUCUGGACAGAUGCAUUUCAAUGCAUUCUUAUCUUCGCAUCCGGAAUCACAAUUAUGAUCGUCGGACUGAGAAGUAUAGGUGGAUUUGAGAAUAUCUGGAAUGCUCUCGAUCGUGGCCAAAGACUUACAUUCUUUAAAACGAAAUUUGAUAUCGAAGAAAGAGGCAAUAUGUGGUCUUACAUGUUCAGUACAUUUUUCGUUUACGUUUACUAUUUUGGUGUCAAUCAAAGUAGUAUUCAACGAUAUUUAUCUCUGCCGAGUUUGAGCAAAGCUAAAAAGUCCUUGUGGAUUUUUUUCAUAUUUACAUUACUCAUACUCGUCAUCGAAUUGACGAUCGGAGGAAUUAUAUUCACAACCUAUGAAGAAUGUGAUCCUGUAUCCGCGGGCCUUGUUAAGAAAUUUGAUCAGAUCUUUCCUCAUUUCGUCCAGGAGAAGGCUUCACUCUUUCCUGGUUUCAAUGGGAUUUUCAUUGCUGGUAUCUUUGCUGCUGGUCUAUCGACAACUUCUACCCUCUUGAACACUCUUAGCGGUACGAUCUACAACGAUUUCCUCAUCAAAAAACUCAAGAGAAAGGAAAAUGCUUUCAAGAUCAUUAUGAGAGGGAUCGUGGCAGUUGUAGGUAUCAUCGGAAUAGGUUUGGUGUUCGUGAUUGAGCAAAUGGGCACAAUUUUUUCUAUAACUACUCAAUGUUUCACAUUGUCCACCGUUGGAGUCUUUGGACUCUUCGUGAGUGGUAUGAUCUUCCCAAAAAUCAACAGUAAGGGUGCGAAAUGCGGAGUUGUCCUAUCAAUGGUCGCUGUUGGUGUUCUUAUCAUUGGCGAACUGAACAAAACGCCAGAUCCACCACUACAACUCCGGAUUGAUGGUUGUGACUUCCUAAAUAGUACACAGGGUCAUCGAAAUAAUUUCUUGAACAGAAAUGCAACAACUCCUGAUAAUGAUGAUCUCCCAUGGAUCUUUAAGAUAAAUUUUCAAUAUUAUUCUAUAAUUGGGUUAUUAAUCAACAUUUCUGUUGCUCAAGUUGUUAGUUUUCUAAGUGGCGGAAAUAUUGUAGAAGAUCAAAGGCUUCUAGUUACAUUUCUAAGGAAACACAUAACUCAAGAUAAUUUAUUAUAAAUUUUUUAUAUAAAUAGGGUCGGAGGAACGUCUGUUCGACAGGGAACCCUUAUUGACACUUUUGUCAAAAUGUUGAAAAUUAUUUAAUGUAUCUAGUAAAAUAUAAGUAAUAUAACGUCUUUUCUUUAAUAUACCUUUUACUAUAAACAAAGAUGUUCAAAUUUCGUAUCCCAAAUGGUACAGAGUAGGGUGUCAAUAGGUGCUGACACGACUUUUUAAAGUGUCAAUAGACGUUCCUUUCACCCUAAAUGAUUUUUUUUAAACUUGAUAUUGUAAAAAGAUUUUAAAAAAAAGUUUAUUAGCGGAAUUUAUUUCACAAUUGACUUAAUUUUAAUGUUUCUAUGAAAAUUGAUGUUCAUAGUAUAAAUAUGAAAGCGUUUUUUCAUAUUUGUGAUAGGUAUAAAAGCUGUCGUAAUAGUUUAUUUCAAUUUGUAUUUUAAAAGCUGGCAAAACAAAAACCGUUGGCACUAAAUAAUACAUGUAAUACGCCUGAGAAAAAUGAAAUAAAACAAAAAUUGCAUCUGAUUCACGU